UUAUUCCCUUUUCACCCCCGACUCGCUGAUAUUGACAGAGUAAAAAUGGCAAGAAGAAGACGGUGAGACGGAUAUACCAGAAACGAAGAAACCCUUUUCUCCGAUUCCCCACCAUUAGCUUCGGUGUUUCCCCUUGCAAUUUCCGGUAGCUAUUCCGACUCCGAUCCGCUCAUCGGAACAUAAAGCUCUCCGGUUUUCUCCUUCAAUCUUUGCAGUUGGAAAGAAUUCGAAGCUUGUACAGAAGUUUAAGACGUUGAUUAUUGAGAAAAAUAAUGGUUCACCAUUCUAGCUUUGUGGAUGAGGAAGGAAUAAGCAAGGCUUGUGGUUGUCCUUUACUUCCUUUGAAAAGUCAUAUAAAGGGUCCUGCUCCAGUUUCAGAUCAAGAUAAGACUGAUAUUGUAGAUGAAGCGAUUACAUUCUUUCGUGCCAAUGUCUUCUUUAGAAAUUUUGACAUUAAGAGUCCUGCUGAUAAGCUUCUUAUCUAUUUGACAUUCUACAUCAAUGUGGCUUUGAAGAGGCUUGAAGGUUGCAGAACUUUGGCUGUAGGAACCAAGGCAAUAAUUAACUUGGGUUUGGAGAAUGUUCCCGUGCCCGGAGAAUCGGGCUUUCCCUUUCCUGGACUGUUCCCUAUUCCCCAAUCUAAUGAGGAAGCAGAGCUAUUCAGGAAUUAUUUGAAGCAGAUAAGAGAAGAAACAAGUGGGAGACUCUUGAGUGUUGCCUAUAGAUCCAAUGGGACUCCAAAUAAAUGGUGGCUAGCAUUUGCAAAGAGGAAGUUCAUGAACAUCAUCAUUCCUUGAUCAAGUUGCUUCCAAGACUGUUAAUGCGAAAGUUAGGAACAUCAUCAUUCCUUAAUCACAUGGGCUUUUUGUGGUUUCUACUAGCACUUGAGGAGUUAGUUUGUAUUAACAGAAUCUGAAUGUUAUACCAGUUUAUGCUAAUGCAUAUCAAAUUCAUCAGAAGCUUGGUCAUAUUCUUUUUCUUUUUAAUAAUGAUCUUAAAUGUAAUGUGCCGUCACUUCACAACUUUUGUACAUUGGAUUAAUCUUAAUCAGAAGGAAUAGUUAAUGUCCA